AUGGGACAAGACUCUGCAGCUGUGGGACGUCCAGACAGGAUCAUUCCGUUCCCACGGUGGCCUGACCCUGAGCAAAGGACACUCUGUGGAUCCGUCAGCUCCUGCACCUUCUCUGUGGAUGGGUCAGUCCUGGUGUCGGGGGCGUAUGACAGAACAGUGGCUGUGUGGAACAUGGAGACCCUCUGCAAGACCCUGGAGUUGAAGGGACAUGCAGAUUGGGUGACAGAUGUGGCAAUCAGUGCGGACAAAAAAUGGGUGGCCUCAGCUUCCAAGGACACCACUGUCAGGUUGUGGAAUAUAGAACACUCUGAAGAUAUCCCUGCCGUUAUUGAGACCAGGAAGGCUCAGGGCUAUCAUAUCCUCCAGUGUGAGGAGUGUGGAAAGGCUUUCUCCAUUUCUCGACUGGAGAACUCCGACUUGGUCACAAAGUGUGUGUUCUGCCGAUUGAAGACAGAAACCAGAUCCCAUCUUCAACCACCUCCUCUGUUGUCUAGUGUUCUGCCGAUUGAAGACGGAAACCAGAUCCCAUCUUCAACCUCCUCCUCUGUUGUCUUCAACGGAAACCAGAUCCCAUCUUCAACCUCUCCUCUGUUGUCUAGUAUUUGA